AUGGGCUUUGAUGAUCUGUGCAACACCGGCCUGGCUCUGAGGUUGGGAUUCUCGCCGUCGUCGUCGGCCGGAGAACACAAUUCCGAGAAGCCAGCAGCUCAUCCACCCGCCCAACUGAAGCUCGGAUUCCUCUGCAAAAUCGAGCCCUCGCUCACGCUCAGCUUAUCUGGCGAAACCUUCGAACUCGAUCCGCCCAAGAAGAGCGCCGAUUUCGAUCAGAAUCGCGGGAAGAUCGCCGAUCGCCGCAGAGAUCAGUCCGGCGACGAUGACCUGUACCGGCAGGACAGCGCGGCGUCGUCCUUCUCGAACGUGAGCAGCGUGAAGAGAGAGAGGGAGCCGGGGAGCGAGGAGGUGGAGAGGGAGAGAGCGAUCUCGUCUAGGGUCAGCGAUGAGGACGAUGAUGGAUCCAACGGUCGGAAAAAGCUCCGGCUGAGUAAGGCUCAGUCGGCGCUUUUGGAGGAAAGCUUCAAGCAUCACAGUACUCUCAAUCCUAAACAAAAGCAGGAUUUGGCAAGGGAGUUGAAGCUUAGGCCCAGGCAGGUGGAAGUUUGGUUUCAAAACAGAAGAGCCAGAACAAAGCUGAAGCAAACAGAGGUGGACUGCGAGUUUUUGAAGAAAUGCUGUGAGACGCUGACGGAUGAGAACCAUCGGCUGCAGAAGGAGCUUCAGGAGCUGAAGGCUCUGAAAUCGGCUCAGCCUCUGUACAUGCAGCUUCCCGCCGCCACGCUCACUAUGUGCCCUUCGUGUGAAAGGAUUGGCGGUGGCAACGGCGGCUCGGAAAACGCGGCUAAGAAGCCCGGCUUUGUUAUGGCUCCAAAGCCGCACUUCUAUAAUCCCUUCACUAAUUCCUCGGCGGCUUGCUAA